UUAGCGAAGCACCUGCCAACCGCUAGCGGCACUCGGAGCCCCGCCCCUGUCCUGAGCCCCGCCCCCGUGAGGCGGAGCGGGGCCCGGCCUCGGGGUGGACGGCGCUGCCGAUUGAUGAAGCGCCGAGUGUGGCCGGCCGAGGACGAGAAGCGGAGGCGGCGGAAGCAGCGGGGCUCAGUGGGCCAGAGCGGAGCGCGGAGACAGCAGCAGCAGGGCAGCCGGGCCGGGGCGGCGGGGCCGAUGGAGCCGGGCGGCCUGAGUGUGAAGCUGGGCCUCGGGGCUGCGCUGCUGUCCGCACUGACCGUGCUGCUCGUGGGCGGCCUGAAGCUGCCGGGGGCCGUGUCGCAGGAAUUGUCUGAAAGAAGGCCAAGAAAACUUGAGAUGGACCAAGCAGUUUUAAGAGUUUGCAAUGAGCUGCUUCAUGAAAACCUGGUGGUCUCCUGGCUGUCAGAUCACUGUUACCAGUGUCUGUACCAGGAGCUUGGAAAUGUGCCUGCAGAAGAACAUGUUGGGCACCCUAGAAAUUCAACCUUUGCCAUUGACACUAAGCAUCCAGUCACAUUACAGGUGAACAGUAGUGAGGAUAGACAAGAGGUGUGCAGGGUGCGUGAAAGCUUUGGUGAGCUUGGACACUAUUCCUUAUGGGUGGUAAAGGCCAACCUGAGUAAUGCAAGUGGACCAGUCAACUGUAAAAUCAUCAUUGACCAUGAAGCCAUUAACAACAACCUUCCUAUUUUAUAUGCAUUCCUUGUCUUUGUUGGAUUGGCCAUUUUGAAGUGUUUAUUGCAGUUAAUACUGAGGCUUCGUCCUGUUAGAAACCUGAUGUUCCGCUUUUCGAAUCGUGUUGAGAUGGAGCGGUUAAUCAAUUCUGAGCUCGGAUCACCAAACCGUGUAAACGACCAUACAAAUCGUGGUAAUCUGGUGCCAGGACGUAAUCCAAUCUCCAGUCGACUUCGUUCACUUGACACCUUUCGAGGACUGGCUUUGGUAACCAUGAUCUUUGUUAACUAUGGAGGUGGAAGGUACUGGUUCUUCAAACAUGAAAGCUGGAAUGGGUUAACAGUAGCAGAUUUGGUGUUUCCAUGGUUUGUGUUUAUCAUGGGAACAUCUGUUGCCCUCUCCCUGAGCUCAGCAUUGCAGGCUAACCGCUCCAGGUGGAAACUGCUGGGUAAAGUUGCUUGGAGGACUGCAGCCCUGAUUCUACUUGGGAUCUUUAUCAUCAACCCAAACUACUGCAAGGGGCCACUUUCCUGGGAUACCCUGCGGAUCCCUGGUGUACUUCAGAGGCUGGGUCUGACCUACGGUGUGAUUGCUGUCAUGGAGCUGCUGUGUGGAAAAUGUUGGCCUGAAAUUCAUUCUCUGGAUAGUUGGUGGUCUCCAGUCAGGGAUGUUUUGAUCUACUGGCCCCAGUGGAUCUUGAUUCUGCUGUUGGAAUGUAUUUGGCUUUGUCUGACUUUCCUGUUGCCUGUACCAGGUUGCCCACGAGGUUAUCUUGGUCCUGGUGGGAUUGGAGACUUUGGACAGUUUGUUAACUGUACUGGAGGAGCAGCAGGGUACAUUGAUCGGUGGCUGUUUGGAGAAAAGCACAUUUAUCAGCACCCUUCUUGCAAGAUACUUUAUCACACUACAAUGCCAUUUGAUCCAGAGAACUUGCUGGGACUAAUCAAUUCGAUUGUGAUGGCAUUUCUGGGAUUACAGGCUGGGAAGAUUUUAAUUAUUUACAAAGGUCAAAAUAAGCAGAUUGUGCUAAGAUUUUUCAUUUGGAGCAUACUGCUGGGUGUCAUUUCAGCCAUCCUUACAAAAUGUUCCAAAGACCAUGGUUUCAUUCCAGUCAACAAAAAUUUAUGGUCCAUCUCUUAUGUCACAACACUAAGUUCUUUUGCUUAUGUUCUUCUUUUGCUGAUCUAUUUUAUGGUGGAUGUAAAGAAAUACUGGACUGGAGCUCCCUUUUUCUAUCCAGGGAUGAACUCCAUUCUGCUCUACAUUGGACACGAGGUGUUCGAACAUUACUUUCCUUUCAGGUGGAAAAUGCUCAACGACUAUUCGCAUGGCGAGCAUUUAACCCAGAACCUCCUCGCUACCACCAUCUGGGUUUUUAUUUCUUACAUUCUUUACAGGAAGAAAAUAUUUUGGAAAAUUUGAUCAGGAAUUGAAUUUUUUGACAUAUAUUUUGAGUAUAUUUUUCUAUGUGGGUCUAAAACGGACAAGAUGUAUUAACAGUAAAAACAUAAAUGCCUGCAUCUUUUAAUUUAUCUCAUGGCCAGUAUACCAAUGUUUGGAUGACCAAUUUCAUUUAAUCUUCUACCAAGCCCACUUGGUUGCAGAUCACACAAUUGAUGUGUACCAUCACCCCCAACAGGUUAUAUUUGAAAUUGCAUAUAAGUGCUGUUUUACUCAAAGGGCUGUUGCACUAGCACUCUACACCUCUACCCUCUCAUUAUCCCACUACACUAGAUCUCCACUCUUAUAGCACCUCAAUAUUCUAUCCUCUAUUCUAACAGUCUGUCCCACACGUUAUCACUAGUGUUCUGGUCUUAUUUACUCAGUAAAAUUACUCUUCAAAUGAUUUCAGGCAAAGCUUUGUCUAAAACUGUAUUGUUGCUCCAUCUCAGUGGAUGUGAGGAAAGGGACUGUUAACUCUGAUCAGCAGCUCUCCCAUUGGCCAUGAACUGGCAAAAUCAGCUUGAUGUGUUGAAUGAGACUAUCCUGAUAUAAGUUGUUGAUAAGAUGCCUCAUGCAUACACUUGCUUCCCAAGUUGCUGCGAGUGGGUGGUUUGAAAUGGGAAGUGUAAUGGGCUAUCUUACCACUUGUGUAUAAAGGUACUCGUAUGGGAUUAUGUUGUCAGCUUUAAAAGUUUAUUCAGAUGCUCCUGACUGCUGAAUUAGUGAAGGCUUCUGCAGGUGUCCCUCAUCUAGUUGUGCUUACGACCUGUGUUUUCGAAGACUGCCUCCUCAUUGUACUGCAGUCUGUGUCUGUCAGGGCUAGCUAGAAUCCAGUUAUAACAGUACAGCCAUGCAAAGCCAAAGGAUGUGCAGGCAGUGUCAGUGAUUUGUUUUUCCCCUUGUCAGCUCAGUCAGACCUGUAUAGAAACCCAUUGCCAAUAUUGAAUCUCCAAAAAACUAGAAAUGCCAUUCUCCCUGAUCAGCUUGGCUUUUGUCUGCCCAAUAUGAAUCUGGAUGCAUCCAAACACAGCUCAAGGACCUUGAAGUGUGUGGAGCGGAACUGCUAAAACCUGAGUUUAGCAGAGCAGGUUUCUGGUGAACCUCGUGCUGCUUUUCCAGCGAGGAUCAUCUUGUCCAUUAGGACCUUGACCUGCAGGAUUUCCCAAAGCCAAAUGGGAAGGAAGCCAGUUGCUGGUGAUGAGGCUGUCUCUCCUGAUUCCGUUAGUUGACAAAGUUAGUUGGUCCAUCAGAUACAGCUCUGUGGAAUACUAUAGACAUGUCUAGCCCAGUUGCCCCAAUGCCAGGUCUGCCAUGCAGGGUUGACUUGGUCCUGAACUCCUGUUGUCAGUUCAUCUUGGAGUGUCGCAAACACACACAGAUCCUGCUCCCCACUACCCCACCUUGGAGGUUACACAACUAUUCUCCUCAUCAGUAGCAUGGUGAGCAACACAAAUGCGUGAGAGAAUUGAGACUACCCACUGGCCAGAGCACAAGAACGUGCCAUAACCCAUUGAAUGGUGAUUCCACCAGAUGGAGAUACAGCUUCUGCAACAACUGCUUAGCUUUCUAACCUCCGUGGUAGGACCCGAGCCCUGGAUAUCUCUCUGGUCUUGUUCCCAGCCUUCAGCUAAUGCUUUCUAGUCAAUGUCAUUUCACGUUUUGAGUCUCUUCAUGUCACUGCAUCCACCUGCAGCAUGGUGGUACCUGCAGGGCAGGAAGAUUAGUGCCAGCCACCAGGAAGGUUUAGAAGUGCAAUACCCAGAAGCAGGCUUACUGAUCAAUUGCUUAAUCCAAAUUGAAAUUUGGCCGAAGUAAGUUAGAUGCACAGGACUUCUACCUCUAAUUUAGACCAGCACUAUGGGCUUCUCUUGUUCAGUCCUGUGCAGUGUAGCUCACCUGUUGAAGUUAUGAUAGUGGACUUAUAAUUAUUUAAACCCUUCUGGAAGCUGUAGGUAGUUGGGUGACCUCAAGCUAGCAAUUAAAUCAGGAAGUGUGCUGCUCUGGAAACAAAGCUUACAAGUUCAUCUGUUUUGUUUAAUAGUAAUAAGAUUGUAAAGAACCCAGUGCUGCAUUAUCCUGUGCUCAGGAGAGGAUGGAAGAUUUACUGUUUGAAAACUUCUUUGAAGUGAAAUCGCUAACAUCCAGCAUUAUUGGGUUCCAUAAGUGUUGUUGAAUUGGAAGGUCUUGCAUUGUCUCAGAUAAUUUAACUUCUGAUUAUGUUUAACUUCUAAUUUUGUGUUAACAGGGAAAUUAAGUCAAUGUGUUUUGACUUUUAUUUAAAAACAGGAUUCUGAUUCUGUGUAUAAUGCAAAACAAAAUUCUUCCUUCACAUUGCACUGACAGUUUAAACUAUCAGCUUUUGUUCUCUUCCACUUUGGAAGAUUAAAUACUCAUUAAUGUGUGAAGUUUCACUUUGACAGGUGUAUUAAUAUUUUCUCCAUCUGAUAAUUAGUUCAACCUUAUCUUCAUCCAUUGGCUUAGUUGCAUUCAGCCUUUUCCUGCCUUCUGUUGUUGGCUUCUUGUUUCAAAACUUGUAAACAAAUCAAUUUGUUGAAGUGACCAUGACAUCUAUUUGCACCAUCUUCUGAAGCUGGUCAAUAAAACACGACUGGGUGGCUGAGCAUCUUGCCACAUUUUGAGCUUUAGUUUUGAAUACAGCUCAGACUAAAGGAUGCAAAUCUCUUUAGUCUGACAUGUAAAGGAAGGACCCUUUUGAGUUUUAGAGAGCGUGGAUAGGCAAAUCUCAUUUCCUUCUAAUUCAUCAUCUGCUGUCACUUAAGUUGAAAGUCUACUUGCAGACCACAAAGAUGGUUGGUGUCAGAAAUGGAAAUAUCCCACUAUUGCAGAAGGUGAAGUGUUUGAGGAUGUUGGGAUAGAUUGAAGGGAGCCUUGCUAUCUAGGGCUGUACUUGACCUGCAAAUUGAUAAUGGCACUAGGUGCCUCAAAUGCAAUGCUCCCUACUCCUCAAUCUGUAGUCAUGGGCAAAAGAAUUCACCAAAUCAAAACAUAAGAUUAUUGAAUACAGCAGAAGUUUUCUAAUUCCAGCCAUUUUCAGGACUGGCUUUGCAGUGUACAUGGGUCCUGAUGGUGACAGUUCAACUUAUCAUUCUUCUAAGGAAGAUAGUCACUUUGAAAUUACAAUAUAUUGCAGUACCCUUCUCAUUGUGGAUGUUCAAUUUUGACAUUCUGUCUCUUGUGGGAUUGAGUGCUGAGUGCCAUCAUUUAUUUCCCCAUUAGUUGGUAUAGUUUAUAAAUUGAUUGCAACCAAAAGGAUCCAGUUCAAUAAGACCGAAAUCCAAGGAGCUUAUUAUAUAAAUUUAAAAGGUACAACUUCAAAUAAAGGAAUUCCUUAACAACUGCUUGUACUUGCACUGUGCCUUUAUCCCAAGGUUUGACACCAAGCUACAUAUUAGGUUUUAGCUGGGACCUUUAAAUGACUUGAGAUUAAAAUUAGGCAAUGAGGCUACCCAUUAAUGUUGGAGAAUAUUCACUGCUAACAUGAAAUUAAUUGUUUGGCAAAUUUUUCUGUGCUUAAUAUAAAAUGCUUUUAACUUUUACAGAUUAUUGGUUUGGUAGUCAUUUCAAGCACAUGUCACUUUUCAGUUACCUCAUGGUCCUAUCAUGGAUCUCAAACACACAUUUUCAAGCUAUUGGAAAAUAUUAAACUUAUUUUAACUGCUCUCACGUUUUGAGAAUUCCCAUUGAUGUUAUAAUUUUAAAAUGCCUCAAGCCUGCUGCUUUUAUGGUUGACUUCUGAAUAGAGUGAGGUGCAUUUUACUUCUGUAUAUCUGUGCUACCAGCCUCAGACUUGGAGAAGUAUCUACAGCACCAGAACACUGUGCCCCACCUUAAACUCACUUUGGGUCACUCUUUCACCUCAGCAAAGCACUGAUGGAUUGUAUGCUCCUUCAAGCUUAUUUUUGGGAUUGAACUUUCUGAUUACUCAUCAUUUAGGUCUGAAUCCUUUGUUUCUACAAAAGGGGCAUGUAAUGUUUUUAAAAAGUUUAUUUGGCAAUAAAAAAUGUAAACAUUUUGUACUCAAGUCUUUUUAUACUCAAUUUCUGGUUAAUUACUAAAAUAUUCCUUUGUAUAAUUGUUUGUAUACAUUUGGUAUCUAACUUUAGUUUAAAUGGGAUUUUACCUGAACAAAGGGAUUUUAGUAUUUUUUUUCAAGAUAUGUAAAACAUUGGGAUUCAGUCUGUUCCAUUGGGGUUUGUGCUGCUGUAGCUCUAUUUAGUUAUAACCUUUGUACAGUAGAGCAAUGCAGGAUGAUCCUUCAUGUAUUGAUCUGUAUCCCAUUUAGGGAAUGUCAGUAUCACUAAGAAUAAAGUUAUGGUUAUCAGUA